GGAACCCCUACUUUUUACAUCAAGAUUUAAGCCAAAAAACAGACUAUAGUGCAUCAGUAAAAAUGGAGGGGAAAAAAGUGAUGGCAAUAGCAUUAAUGCUUAUAAUUUUAGUAGAGGGAUCAAUGGCUGGAGAUUAUGGGAGCUGCAUUGUUGACUGCAUUAAAGACAAAGCCAUUGAUUGUAUUAUGGAACCUCAGAUAUGUCUCCCUGCUUGUGCUGCAAAAUGUGCCAUUCAACUUCCUUCUUCAUCAACACAUGCUGCAAAUUAUGCUUGUAAUAUUGGAUGUGCUUUGAGCCAAUGCAAGAACUUCAUGAUCCUAAAUGAUGGAGAGAAGCUUGGAGUAUGCAUGGCUAGUUGCAGUGACAAGUACUGUGCCACAAAGGCUGCAGCUGCUUGAUGAACUUGGUUUCUUAUAUGUUUCUACUUGUAGUAUCUAGUAAUAAUAUCAAUAAUUUUGGAGGCUAAGAAUAAAUGCUCACCUCUAUUGUUGCCCUCAUGGAGGAACUAGGCUGAAUACUGUGUGCUGUGAAUGUGAUCUUAUGACAUUCAAAUAUAUGAAAGUUCUAUCUUUCAGUUUAUGAA